AUGAAUUGCUGGAGCAAGGGCAUUUAUCUGGUCUGCAUCCCGCACAAAGGCUCGCCCUUUUUCAACCCGCUUGAAUGUACCGUGUUCUCCAAGAUGCACGAGAUCUACGCGACGGAGAUGGCCGAAAAAUUUCGCAAAGCUUCUGGCAUGUUAACCGUUAGCUAUCGGUUCGUCGCCAAUUCACUUGUUGAGCAGCUGCAGCGCCAACUCUUGCGAGGGGCGCUUAAAGCAGGCUGGAGGAAAAGUCACUUAUACACCUCUGAUCAUGAUGUAUUGCGCAAACACGUUCGAAGGAUUCCAGCAACACCAGCCCCUGUGACUCCAAUCAAGACACGAGCACGCACAUUGGCUCAGUCCCAGCUUGACCAAGCCGUGCCAAUCUCUCCACCCCAGUCCACUCAGCAGCCUAGUGAGCGACAUCGUACUCGUCAAUCACAGAACGAGACCCUGGAGAAGCCUUCCGAUGAUGAGCGCGAUUUGGACAGUCAACGACGGCCGAUCACUGUCAAUGAAAUGUCAUCUGAGCAGCGCCUGGCCCGAGAUUCCGGAUUCUCCAGGCCCCGUUGUCAUCCUCAAGCGCCCUCACAUAUUCGCUAUCACUCUGUAUCCUCUGAAGACCCAGAAAGCUCUACGGACGGCUCAGAAGACGAUUUCUAUGGCGAUGAGGAAUACCAAGAUGACGCAUCGCGAGGUAGCUCCGCAUAUGAAGCCGCCCGCAGCCAGAUGACUCCAGUCUGUGACGAGGCCAGCAUCGCGAUGGAAGAGAGCCCGAUAUUCAGUCAAAGAUCGGACUCUAUCCCAUUGCCUUGCGAAAUGUCCGGAGGUCGCCAAUGCUCAUCAGGCUCCUCACGGACCCAAAGUCCGCAAGUUGCUUCCUUUGUGGAGAUACCUUGUGCACGUCAUUCUUCGCAGAGCAGCUGGGAGGGACCGAAUACUCCUGUCAAAAACCAACUACCCAAACCAAAUCCAUUUCUGGUUCAACAUCAGGAGCGAGUUGGCGGUAGUCUCGAGGUUGUUUACCGAGAGCACGUUCAGGCACUCUCAAAUCCAAAAACCCCCGAAUCUCAACGGAAAGUUUAUGAACAGACACUUUUGGACCUGGCUCCGAUUCUCUGUGCUGCCCCCAUCAGUGCUGCGGAGGCUCUCCAUAGAUUUGCACAGAUGAGCUAUUCUCGGCAAAAUUCCUCAAGCCCAUCGCGGCCUCAUGCGGCCCGGGCGUGUCAAGACGCAAAGAUCAAGAAAAUACCACGCACCAAAAGACAGGAGGGCCACAAAAACGUCCACCAAAAUCAUUGA